ACGUUCAUAAACUAUUGUCUAUGGUUAUGUUUUGAUUGUUUAUGCUGUUUUGGGGGUUAUUUUUCGUAAACGUUAUAAAAUCCAUUUUCAUCUCGCCUAAUUUGAACUUAUAGUGAUCAUUUUCAAGUGGUAGUGCUAUUAAAACCUUGAAGAUGUCGAUUGGCGUUCCAAUUAAAGUACUACACGAAGCGGAAGGCCAUGUAGUGACCUGUGAAACGAACACCGGCGAAGUAUAUCGCGGGAAGCUUAUUGAGGCUGAAGAUAACAUGAAUUGCCAAAUGACGCUCGUCACCGUGACGUAUCGGGACGGGCGCGUAGCCCAGCUGGAGAAUGUGUACAUAAGGGGAUCAAAGAUCAGGUUCCUUAUAUUACCGGACAUGUUAAAAAAUGCGCCUAUGUUUAAACGUCAAGGGAAUAAGCCGACCGCAGGACGCGGCAAGAGUGCGAUAUUACGAGCACAGGCUGCCGGGCGAGGCCGGGCGGGCGGUCGAGGGGGAGGGCACCGGGGCGGCUGGCAGGGCGGGUCGGGACCAUCGCGACGCUAGCCUACCACACCCGUGAUAACAUCUGUCUAGUUAUAAUAUAUAAUAAGUAGGCUACUCUAAGAUAUCAUUAUUUUUAAGUUCUAACCAAUGUACACACUUUCAAGUGGCAUUGCCAAACUAGCUUCAUAAAUCCAAACUGUGGCCCUGUUUAUAAUUUGUUAUGUUCAAUUUGUGGUCAUACUUUCACAGAAAGGUUAGUUUCAUCCAAGUUAGUAGAUAAAAACCCAGAAUUGAUCAGUGUUGGCUUUGGAUCAGCAUGCCAAAUAAUGGCGAUAUUUUAUUAGUCAAAUAUGACUCGAGAGUAUACCAAUGUGGUUUUGGUAGCAAGUAUGUCUUGUAAAUGUGUGACAAUUUUGUGAUCACACCAAUGUGUGUAAGAUAUGGAAUAAACUCUAUAAAGUAA